AUGAUCAAUCAGAGCAAGAUAUAUCGGUAUGGAGGGCAGAGAACCUUAGAGGCUCUCUCCAAGUUUGCCAGCUCUCCCGAGGUCUAUGCCACUGAAGCCACCGAAGCCAUGGAUGUCCCCCCGCCCCCUAGUGGGUUGAAGCAUGCCUGGGCGCAAGUGGAGAGACUUAUCCAGUCGAAGUUUGUCACAGAUCACCCUAUCAUUGUUGCUCUGUGCUUCUCUGGUUCUAUGUUUUUGCUUAUGGCGAUAAGUGCUUAUGCGCUAUUCUUGUGCACGAACGUGUCGGAUGCGGAUGCCGAGGCCGAACUCCGUAGGCAGCUCAAAGUCGAGAAGAAUAAGCAGAGCGGUGCCCCAGCAGAGGAGCGCACAGAGGGAAAGGCUAGCGAUGAUGUCAGUGAGAGCAAAAAGGAGAAGUAG